AUGGAUAAAUCAUUUAAUAACAACCUCCACAACCACAAUUUUACUUUGUAUGGUUUUCUUCCAGAUGAAGAUUUCCUUUGGGAUAAUAUUUUUUAUAUGGGAGGUUGCACAGAAGAAUGUCGUCAAAACUAUAUAAAAGCACUCGAGGAAUUAUCUGAUGCCAUAAAAGGACAUAUUAGCAUAAUUAAAUCAAUAAAAAAAAAUGAAGAUGGAACUCUCCCUUCUAUUUAUCUGGGAGAUGUCAAUGCUUUUUAUGAAGGCACAAAUAUAAUGAAUCCCAACAUUCAAGAUUUUUUUAACGUUAACUUGCUAGACUUAAAUCUCUCUUAUUUAAAAAAGGGCAGUUUUUCCAAUGAAAAAGAAAAGAAAGAAAAUAAAAAAUAA